AUGUCACGAGCGAUUUCGACCUCCGCUAAACACGUUCCUUACAUCCCGAUCAUGUCAAACACAGAUCAAUAUACUGUUGGUUGGAUAUGUGCGUUGCAGACAGAAUAUCUCGCUGCCCGGGCUUUUCUUGAGAAAAGACAUGACCCACCGGAAGAACUCUCGCCAAAUGAUAAUAAUCAUUACACUCUGGGAGAAAUCAGGGGUCACCAGGUCAUUAUCGCAGUUCUUCCAGAUGGAGAGUACGGGACAUCAUCGGCAGCCUGUGUUGCGAGGGAUAUGUUGCACAGCUUUCCAAACAUCCGAUUCGGGCUCAUGGUGGGGAUCGGUGGGGGUGCACCAACCAAGCAGGACAUCCGUCUUGGUGAUAUCGUUGUGAGCUCAUCUCGGAGCGGCCAUAGUGGCUUACUCCAAUAUGACUUUGGCAAGGAGAUCCAAGGCUACGAGUUUCAUCAAACGGGGUUCUUGAAUCAACCACCACCCAUCUUGCGAACGGCUGUAGCUGGGCUCCGAACACAAUAUGAGGAGGAGGGCCACCGGUUGAAGGAAAGCAUUCAAAGCGUGCUUGAAGGGAACAAAAGACUCAGACGAAAAUACGCACCACCUCCCCUUGAAAGCGACCGGCUUUAUGACAGCCAAUACACCCACCAAGACUUGCCCUCGAACUGCGCUGAGAUCUGUGAUGAGUGGAAAUUAAUCCUUCGACUACAGCGAACCGAGGAUGAGGAUAACCCUGCCAUCCAUUAUGGUUUGAUUGCAUCUGGGAAUAGAUUGAUGAGAAAUGCAAUGUUUCGGGACAAGCUCGCAGAAGAGCAAGAUGUUCUAUGUUUCGAAAUGGAAGCCGCGGGACUGAUGAACCAUUUCCCCUGUUUAGUCAUUCGUGGUGUUUGUGACUAUGCCGACUCCCAUAAAAACAAGGAAUGGCAAGGAUACGCGGCAAUGAUGGCUGCUGCAUAUGCAAAAGACCUGUUGCAUCAAAUUGUCCCUCAGCGGGUGAGCCAUGAGCGGAAAGCCACUGAAGCUAUACGCGGUUAG